AUAGGGAAUGCUGAGCUGGAUGAUGAAACAGACCGAAAAGGAAUGAUAGACUAUGCGUGGGACCAUGCGGUUAUAUCGGAUGCAUUGUAUGAUAAGAUUAAGAAAGAAUGCAAUUUUAGCAGCUUAAUCUUGACGAAGAAAUGCAAUGAUGGUAUGGAUAAGUACUAUGAUGUGUAUGACAUCAUAGAUAUGUACAGUUUGUAUGCCCCUGUUUGUGUUGAUGAUGAUAAGGACAACAGUACCACCAUAUCCAAACCCUCUGCUAUUCCCAGAUUUUUAACUAAAAAUAAUUAUGGAAGAAGAAGGCCUUUAUCUGGGUACGACCCUUGUGCCUGGAAGUAUACUACGGUUUAUUUGAACCGAGCGGAUGUCCAACGUGCUCUUCAUGCUAACGUCACUGGACUUAGUUAUCCCUGGACACACUGCAGCAAUGCAAUCGAGAAGUGGAAUGACUCUCCUUUCUCCAUACUCCCUAUUCUGAGACAACUUAUUGCUGCUGGCCAACGCAUUUGGGUUUUCAGGUAG